AUGGGUUACGAUUCCACAUUGCUGCUGCUGACCACACAAGAACUUUCCGACAGUAACAAGUAUAAAAGUCGAGUUAUCACAUCUCAUGUCAUUGACAUUCUACAACGAAAACGAGUAGAAUGGCUUCGAAUCAAACGCAAGGCAAAUCGCUAUCGGACCACUCGAAGCCGCUUCAACCACGAAAAAGGAGCAGACGUUGAGUACAUUCCACAUCAUGAUAUCAAAUUCAUCUCAUUCAUCUCAUCAAUAUCCUGUCAUCCUUCGCAUACCCGAACAGCGUCUACGAGCAGAGAUGAGCCUCAAGAUAAGAAAAAAGUGAAGCUUCUGAGUGAAAUCAAUGUUGAGACUGUUGGAGGUCGCAUCGAAGGCCGUGUCAUCUCAAAAUCGCCUUUACGAGAGUGGAAAAAAGCGGACGCCGAGGGAAAGUUAUUCACCUUCAAUCUCACAGACAACAGCGGUGAAAUCAGCUGUAUUGUAUCUGGCGAACUCGCUGAAGUUUUGUUCCCGACGAUCUCGAUCGGAUCAUGCUACGAGAUAUCAGGAUUCAGGCCGAAGCCAAGUCAUCCUCAAUACUCGACCACAAGUCAUAGCUGCGAGAUUCAAUUAUCAAAGAUCACGAGAAUCAAGAAAAUUGAAGGGGACUUUCUUCCGAAAAAACCUCAGUCGCUAAUCAAGAUAUCAGAGAUACUGGACAUCGAAAACAACAAAUCGGUGGACCUGAUCGCUAUUGUUUACGAUGUGAUGAUUCCUCAGAUGCUUGCGUGUAGAGAUGGACAAAUGAGAGAAAAACAAAACGUGCUACUGGUAGACGACUCAAUGAGAACUGUCUCCCUUGGAUUGUGGGGCGAAUCAAUAAGAACUCUCGACGGAAAGGAAGGCCAUGUGAUAAACAUUAGAGCGGCGGCAGUAAAAGAGUAUAACGGAAAAAAAUUACUGUCCACCUCAUCGGCAUCAAUCUUGAAGCAUUGUGAAUCGGAUUUGACGAGAGAGGAACAAGAACUUGCUGACUGGUGGGAUAGAGAAGGACACUCGAGUGAAUUUGCCGCUCUCUCGAUUAACAAAUAA